AUGGCGGACACGCACCCCGAGCUGCAGGCGAAGCUGCACGCGCUGGACCACGAGCUGGAAGAGGGCGACAUUACGCAGAAAGGCUACGAGAAGCGCAGGACCGUCCUCCUGUCGCAGUACCUGGGCCCCGACCACGCCGCCCAGCUGCAACACGACCUGCGCCAGAGCCCGCCCCAGAGCGAGGGCCCCGCCUCGCGCACCGCUUCGCGCACCGCCUCGCUCGCUGCCCUCUCUGGCCCCCAGGGCCCCGCCGUGGACCCCCGCGCCAGCAUUGCCUCGUCCACCUUCGAGUAUGCGCCCCCCUCCACCACCGCUGCCCCCGCGGCCACCACCCAGUACAUGGCCUACCCGCCCAGCCAGGUCGGCCGCUUCCAGGAGAGGCAGCUGGGCCUGCGCACCCCCUCGCUGCAGCGCGCCCCCUCCCAGGGCAGCGAGACCUUCCUCCCGCGCCCCCAGACGCCCGAGUACGGCUACUCGCGCGAAGGCACCAUGAUGGGCGCCAACUACGCCUUCAACCCGGACACCCAGCAGGCCUACGACCCCGCCUUCCCCGACCCCGGCGCCGAUGCGAGCCGCCGGAGCACCAUGCUCGAUGUCAACCAGGGCUACUUCUCCGACUUCACCGGCCAGCAGAUGCAGGACCAGCCCGACGCCUACGGGGGCCCCAACCGCUACUCCUCUGGCGACGCCUUCUCCCCCACCGCCGCCCUGCCCCCGCCCAUGAUGAACCCCGGCGAUCUCCCCCACGGCGCCGUCAUCCAGACCAUGAUGCCUCUCGAGCCGCGAGACCUGCCCUUUGACGUAUACGACCCGCACAACCCAAACAUCCAAAUGUCAAAGUUCGACAACAUUGGCGCCGUCCUUCGCCACCGAGGCCGCACGCAGCCACGCCAAACCGCCUUCUGGGUGCUCGACGCAAAGGGCAAGGAGACGGCCUCGAUUUCUUGGGAGAAGGUCGCAAGUCGCGCCGAGAAGGUGGCCAAAGUCAUCAAGGACAAGAGCAACCUGUAUCGAGGCGACAGGGUCGCACUGGUCUACAGAGACACCGAGGUGAUCGAGUUCGUCGUCGCUCUGCUGGGCUGCUUCAUCGCUGGCGUUGUCGCAGUGCCCAUCAACAGCGUCGACGACUACCAAAAGCUCAUUCUUCUCCUGACCACCACACAAGCGCAUCUCGCCCUGACCACCGACAACAACCUGAAGGCUUUCCACCGCGACAUAAGCCAGAACCGCCUGAAGUGGCCUAGUGGGGUCGAGUGGUGGAAGACAAACGAGUUUGGCAGUCACCACCCUAAGAAGCACGACGACACAGCGACGCUGCAGGUCCCAGAAGUGGCCUACAUUGAGUUCUCACGCGCCCCGACUGGCGACUUGCGAGGUGUCGUCCUCAGCCAUCGCACCAUCAUGCACCAAAUGGCCUGCGUCAGCGCAAUCGUCUCCACCAUUCCCACCGGGCGCGAGACCUCGGACACCUUCAGCGGCAAUCUGCGCGACAAGAAUGGCAAGUUCAUUGCCCCUCCCUCUCGAACAUCGCCUACCGAGGUGAUUCUCAGUUACCUCGACCCGCGCGAGAGCGCAGGCAUGAUCUUGGGCGUUCUCUAUGCCGUCUACGGCGGACACACCACCGUCUGGCUGGAACCCCCGACCAUGGAGACGCCUGGUCUCUACGCCCAUCUCAUCACCAAAUACAAGGCGACUAUUCUGAUUGCAGACUACCCAGGCCUGAAGCGUGCUGCCUACAACUACCAGCAGGAUCCAAUGGCUACCCGCAACUACAAGAAGAACGCAGAUCCCAACUUUGGCUCAGUCAAGAUAUGCCUCAUCGAUACCUUGACCGUGGACUGCGAGUUCCACGACAUCCUAGGUGAUCGCUGGUUCAGGCCGCUGCGGAACCCAAGAGGCCGCGAGCUCAUUGCCCCGAUGCUGUGCUUACCGGAGCAUGGCGGUAUGAUUGUCUCUGUCCGCGAUUGGCUGGGCGGCGAAGAACGUAUGGGCUGCCCGUUGAGCAUCGAGGAAGAUUACGAAGAGGACGACGACAAAGGGGUGGAGAACAACACCAACGGCUAUUCCAGCUUGAUCGGCGGUGGCACGACCAACAAGAAGUCCAAGCAGAAGAAGAGCCGCAAUGAGCUGCUAGAGAUACUGCUGGACAAGGAAGCGCUCAAGAUGAACGAAAUCGUCGUGGUAGCUAUUGGAGAGGAAGCCAGCAAGCGCGCAAAUGAGCCAGGUACCAUGAGGGUGGGAGCCUUCGGAUAUCCCAUCCCAGAUGCAACGCUUGCUGUGGUAGACCCAGAAACCAACCUUCUCUGCUCUCCCUAUUCCGUGGGAGAGAUCUGGGUCGACUCGCCAUCACUCUCGGGCGGGUUCUGGCAGCUGCAGAAGCACACCGAGACCAUCUUCCACGCUCGUCCGUACCGGUUCGUCGAAGGAAGCCCAACCCCACAGUUGCUGGAGCUUGAGUUCCUUCGCACAGGGCUUCUCGGCUGCGUAGUCGAAGGUAAGAUCUUCGUACUCGGGCUCUACGAGGACAGGAUACGUCAAAGAGUCGAGUGGGUUGAGCACGGUGUUUUGGAGGCCGAGCACCGCUACUUCUUCGUGCAACACCUGGUCACCAGCAUCAUGAAGUCGGUGCCUAAGAUUUACGAUUGCUCGGCUUUCGAUUCCUACGUCAAUGGCGAGUAUUUGCCGAUUAUCCUGAUUGAGACCCAGGCUGCAUCGACAGCGCCGACCAACCCAGGAGGGCCACCCCAGCAGCUCGAUGUGCCUUUCUUGGACUCGCUGUCGGAACGCUGCAUGGAGGUCCUGUAUCAAGAGCACCAUCUCAGAGUGUACUGUGUAAUGAUCACAGCACCCAACACCCUUCCCCGAGUCAUGAAGAACGGCAGACGUGAGAUUGGCAACAUGCUCUGCCGCAGAGAGUUCGACAAUGGUUCGCUUCCCUGCGUUCAUGUCAAAUUCGGCGUAGAACGAUCCGUGCAGAACAUCGCCCUAGGUGAUGACCCUGCUGGCGGGAUGUGGUCCUACGACGCGUCCAUGGCUCGACAGCAAUACCUCAUGAUGCAGGACAAGCAAUACUCUGGAGUGGAUCAUCGGGAAGUCGUCAUCGACGAUCGCACGUCAACACCACUCAAUCAGUUUUCGAACAUCCACGACCUCAUGCAAUGGCGUGUGUCACGUCAGGCGGAGGAGCUUGCCUACUGUACCAUCGAUGGCAGAGGCAAAGAGGGCAAGGGCGUCAACUGGAAGAAGUUCGACCAAAAGGUCGCCGGUGUCGCCAUGUACCUCAAGAACAAGGUCAAGGUCCAGCCUGGCGACCAUCUCUUGCUCAUGUACACGCACUCCGAGGACUUUGUGUACGCGGUGCACGCCUGUUUCGUACUGGGCGCUGUCGCCAUUCCCAUGGCGCCCAUUGACCAGAACAGGCUCAACGAAGAUGCACCGGCCUUGCUCCACAUUGUCGCCGACUUCAAAAUCAAGGCGCUUCUGGUCAAUGUUGAUGUCGAUCAUCUCAUGAAGGUCAAGCAGGUCUCCCAACACAUCAAGCAAUCCGCGGCCAUUCUGAAGGUCAACAUACCGCACAUCUACAACACGACAAAGCCACCUAAGCAGUCAAGCGGAUGUCGUGAUUUGGGCCUGACCAUUAGACCUGCUUGGGUCCAAGCCGGUUAUCCAGUCCUCGUCUGGACGUACUGGACGCCAGACCAGCGGCGUGUCGCAGUGCAACUAGGGCACAACAAUAUCAUGGCUCUCUGCAAGGUUCAGAAGGAGACUUGCCAGAUGACCAGCACAAGGCCGGUGCUUGGAUGUGUGCGAAGUACCGUUGGUCUGGGAUUCAUUCAUACCUGCAUCAUGGGCAUCUUCCUCGCUGCACCCACCUACCUCGUCUCGCCGGUCGACUUUGCCCAAAACCCGAAUCUUUUGUUCCAAACCAUGUCGAGAUACAAGAUCAAGGAUGCAUAUGCAACAAGCCAGAUGCUGGACCACGCCAUAGCACGAGGCGCGGGCAAGGCAAUGCAUCUUCACGAGCUGAAGAAUCUAAUGAUUGCGACCGACGGCCGACCUCGGGUCGAUGUUUACCAACGGUGCCGCGUACACUUCGCACCCGGCGGGCUCGACCGAACAGCCAUCAACACGGUGUAUUCGCACGUUUUGAAUCCCAUGGUCGCGUCGCGAUCUUACAUGUGUAUUGAGCCGAUCGAGCUGCAUCUCGACGUCAACGCGUUACGACGCGGACUCAUCAUGCCAGUCGACCCAGAUGUCGAGUCGAACGCUCUGCAAGUGCAAGACUCUGGCAUGGUGCCUGUGAGCACACAGAUUAGCAUCGUCAACCCCGAGACCAACCAGCUGUGUCUAGUUGGUGAAUACGGUGAGAUCUGGGUACAGUCCGAGGCAAAUGCACACAGCUUCUAUGGCUCUAAAGACCGGCUCGAUGCGGAGCGAUUUAAUGGGAGGACCCUUGACGGGGACCCGAACGUCAGAUACGUCCGUACUGGAGAUCUUGGAUUCCUGCACAAUGUAACAAGACCUAUCGGUCCUGGUGGAGCACCGGUGGACAUGCAGGUCCUGUUCGUACUUGGCAGUAUAGGCGACACUUUCGAUGUUAACGGCUUGAACCACUUCAGCAUGGACAUCGAACAGUCAGUUGAACGCUGCCACCGGAACAUCAUUCCCGCAGGCUGCGCUGUGUUCCAGGCUGGGGGUCUGGUUGUUGUCGUCGUGGAGAUUUUCCGUCGCAACUUCCUCGCAUCUAUGGUCCCUGUCAUUGUCAACGCUGUCCUCAAUGAGCAUCAGCUUGUCAUUGACAUUGUUGCUUUUGUUUCAAAGGGCGACUUCCACCGCUCGCGACUCGGCGAGAAACAGAGGGGCAAGAUCCUCGCAGGCUGGGUUACGCGCAAGAUGCGCACCAUUGCCCAAUACAGCAUCCGCGAUCCCAAUGGGUCUGAUGUGCAGAUGAUUAGUGAAGAGCCCGUCGGGCGAACAAGCACAUCAACCUUCAUGCGAGGCCCAGCCAGCACUAAGGGGUCCCUGCGCGCAAGCAGCACUCUUGGUCUCACUGCGCAAGCGCAACUCAACAGCAUGCACCUUUCGCAUCGCACCUCUAUGCAGGAGCUGUCCGCACAGCAGCAGUACCCGCCUGGCAUCGCCGAAAUGUCAGCGCAGCCAGAUCAAAGCUACGGCAACUAUCCACCCCAACAGGACAUCUCGGAGCUAGAAACUCGAGCACAAUCUCUGUCUCUCAAUCCCAACCACUCCACUUCUUCGUUCGAAGAAGGCGAUAGAAAUGAGCGGACACCUACAGACCAAAGGCGCGAGCUCUUGCCCAAUCUGCAGCAGGAUCCCUUGAUGGACUACUCGCCCAUUGACCCAGCGGGCGCGGGUGUAUUCGACAGUCCAGUCGACGGCCCUGCCCACGGCGGACACUACCAUCACCAACAACAGCAACAGCAACAGCAACAGCAACAGCAUCAACAGCAGCACCCACUUGAGCAACACAACGAGCCAAUCCCGAGCAUCCUGAGGGUGGGCAGCGCCAAGCCUGAAGAGCCACUGCAGUACCAGCCCAUGCAGUACCAGCCCAUGCAGUACCAGCAGUACCAGCCCGAACCCCAACACCAGCAGUACCAACAGUACCAGCCGCAGCACGACGAGCUGCGGCGGCAGUACUCCAGCGAGGACGACGAAUACGGGCGGGCGGGCGGCGGCGGCGGCGGGCUGCGCGUCGCGAAUCGAGACUCGACCGCCAGCAACGACAGCUGGACGCGCGACGCGCUCGCGCAGAUGAACUUUGCGGGCUCGUCGCCCGGGCAGGCCAAGUGA